ACUCGGGGCGUGGCCGGCAAGACACGCUGCGGAAGCCUCGGAGGGUGUCUGGGCUCAGCCUGGAGCCGGCGUGUGGGGGCGGGGGCUCCGGGGAGGGUCUCCUCACCUCCGGGCCCUCCUGAGGGCUGGGAUGAUCCUGCUGUCCUCCGCAGGCGAAACUGAGAGCGGGGCGUACGUGGGUCGGAGGCUUUACAUACCCAAGAAGCCGGCGCCUCCUGCCCACCUCGGGCGAAUGCCAGGCCCCCAACUCCGGCACUCCUCGCCAGUCCCCACCUCCACCCCCACCCCACCCCCGACCCUGCGGCUGGACCUCUCAUCAGAUCGCCUGAGGGAAGCGGCGCCCGGAGACCCGCCCCGGCCCGGUCCACGUUCUACCCAGGAAGCCGGACUCUAUGGGGCGGGACCCUGGGGGAGCCUGAGUCGAGCCCGGAGCCAGCCCCGAACCCCUGAACCUCCAGCCAGGGGCGCCCCGGGAGCAGCCAGUCCGUGGGCGCGCCGCCCGCCCGCAGAUCAGCCAUGAGCGAGACGGUCAUCUGUUCCAGCCGGGCCACUGUGAUGCUUUAUGAUGACGGCAACAAGCGAUGGCUCCCUGCUGGCACAGGUCCCCAGGCCUUCAGCCGCGUCCAGAUCUACCACAACCCCACGGCCAAUUCCUUUCGCGUCGUGGGCCGGAAGAUGCAGCCCGACCAGCAGGUGGUCAUCAACUGUUCCAUCGUCCGGGGCGUCAAGUAUAAUCAGGCCACCCCCAACUUCCAUCAGUGGCGCGACGCCCGCCAGGUCUGGGGCCUCAACUUCGGCAGCAAGGAGGAUGCAGCCCAGUUUGCUGCUGGCAUGGCCAGUGCCCUAGAGGCGUUGGAAGGAGGUGGGCCCCCUCCACCCCCAGCACCUCCCACCUGGUCGGUCCCGAACGGUCCCUCCCCGGAGGAGGUGGAGCAGCAGAAAAGGCAGCAGUCCGGCCCGUCGGAGCACCUAGAGCGCCGGGUCUCCAAUGCAGGAGGCCCACCUGCUCCCCCAGCUGGGGGUCCACCCCCACCACCAGGACCUCCCCCUCCUCCAGGUCCCCCCCCACCCCCAGGUUUGCCCUCCUCGGGGGUCCCAGCUGCAGCACAUGGAGCAGGGGGAGGACCACCCCCUGCACCCCCUCUCCCAGCAGCACAGGGUCCUGGUGGUGGGGGAGCUGGGGCCCCAGGCCUGGCCGCAGCUAUUGCUGGAGCCAAACUCAGGAAAGUCAGCAAGCAGGAGGAGGCCUCAGGGGGGCCCGCAGCCCCCAAAGCUGAGAGUGGUCGAAGCGGAGGUGGGGGACUCAUGGAAGAGAUGAACGCCAUGCUGGCCCGGAGAAGGAAAGCCACACAGGUUGGGGAGAAAACCCCCAAGGAUGAAUCUGCUAAUCAGGAGGAGCCAGAGGCCAGAGUCCCGGCCCAGAGUGAAUCUGUACGGAGACCCUGGGAGAAGAACAGCACAACCUUGCCAAGGAUGAAGUCAUCUUCCUCGGUGACCACUUCCGAGACCCACCCCUGCACGCCCAGCUCCAGCGAUGACUCGGACCUACAGAGGGUGAAACAGGAGCUUCUGGAAGAGGUGAAGAAGGAAUUGCAGAAAGUGAAAGAGGAAAUCAUUGAAGCCUUUGUCCAGGAGCUGAGGAAGCGGGGUUCUCCCUGACCACAGGAACGGACCCAGAAGACCCGCUUCUCCUUUCCGCACACCCCGCCUGUCACCUUGCUUUCCCUGCCUCUACUUGACUUGGAAUUGGCUGAAGACUACACAGGAAUGCAUCGUUCCCAUUCCCCAUCCCACUUGGAAAACUCCAAGGGGGCGUGGCUUCCCUGCUCACACCCACACUGGCUGCUGAUUGGCUGGGGAGGUCCCCGCCCUUUUCUCCCUUUGGUCCUUCCCCUCUGCCAUCCCCUUGGGGCCGGUCCCUCUGCUGGGGAUGCACCAAUGAACCCCACAGGAAGGGGGAAGGAAGGAGGGAAUUUCACAUUCCUUUGUUCUAGAUUCACUUUAACGCUUAAUGCCUUCAAAGUUUUGUUUUUUUAAGAAAAAUAUAUAUAUAUAUUUGGGUUUUGGGGGAAAAGGGAAAUUUUUUUUUCUCUUUGGUUUUGAUAAAAUGGGGUGUGGGAGUUUUUAAAUGCUAUAGCCCCGGGCUUGCCCCAUUUGGGGCAGCUAUUUAAGGGGAGGUGAUGUCUUACCGGGCUGGGGGUGCCUCCCCCCACCCCAGGGACUCCCCUUCUCUCUGGCUCCUCCCCCUUUUCUAUGAGGAAUUAAGAUGCUGUAACUUUUUGGAACCUCAGUUUUUUGAUUUUUUAUUUGGGUAGGUUUUGGGGUCCAGGUCAUAUUUUUACCCCUUGGAGAAAAUAAGAUGAGGGAGAAAGGAAAAGGGGAGGAAACUUCUCCCCUCCCACCUUCACCUUUAGCUUCUUGAAAAUGGGCCCCUGCAGAAUAAAUCUGCCAGUUUUUAUAAAUGCUAA